AGGUGUGAUUCUGCAGCUUGUAAGCUCACUGAUUGUUUAAUUCCUUUGCCAUUAUAGAGCAUGGUCAGGCAAGUUGUUUGAACCAGGAGCCUGGUUCAAACAGCCAUAAUUACCAUUUAUAUUUCCACAGAAUAGGAUGGGACUACUCACGUGUCUGAGACCCACAGGGUAGGACAAGAAGGCUUUUAAAUACACAGACAUUGCAAAAAUGUAGUAUUGUUGUUUAUGAAAACCAAAAGCUGGUGUUUAUUGUCGAAUCUUCAAACAAUUCCUUAGAAACAUUAUCAAUAUGUGGGAAGUUAAUUAUUGGGAAGGAAAAAAAUAGUAAUUGUUUGACUUUGUUUCUUUUGCUUUUUAAAAAAAAUAUAGUUAUAGCAUAAAGUUUAUUUUUAACUUGUGGUGCUUGUCCAAAAAUUUCAGAAAGCUCAAGAGGGAUCAAGAGCAGGCUUUGUUUCGUGGUGAGAUUAAGAUGUCAUGCUACUUAGGCUUUGCAGCUUGUCCGUGUUUACUGUGCCCUGGCAAAGGCUCCCAAGCCUUCCAAAUCUGGGAUUUCCUGCAGCUGGGGGAGCUGCAAUUUGGAUAUCUUUUUUUUGCUGCUUUGGGGUUUUUAAUUUAGUCGCUCUCUGUAAUCAAAAAUAAAAGCACUCGCCAAGAACGAGUGACAGCUUGUGCCCGUGCAAGUGGCCGGUGUCACCGUGCCACCCGAGCGGAGAGUCUGGCGGGAGGCGUGCUCUGAACUACGGCUCCCAGCAGCCCGUGCCGGCCGACUGAAGGAAGUGCUCACGAUGGUUCCUCCUGGACUUUGAGCCGAGCUUUUAAUCCCGAGAAGGGACAGGUUGCUGAGGCUCGUGUGUCACGCAGUUCCAGGCGGUCCGUGUCUCGCCCCAGGAAGGGCCGCAGCUCUCCGUCCAGCCGAGCCGGGAUGGCGGCGCGGGUGUCCGUCCUGCCUUCCCCCCGGUGCCUGUUCGAUGAGCCCGUGCAGAUCCGUGUGGCCGGUCUGCAGCCGCAGCAGGCGGUCACCCUCCGAGCCAGCCUGGUGGACGAGAGCGGGGAGCUUUUCCAAUCCCACGCUCUCUACAGAGCUGGGAGCAGCGGGGAGCUGGACCUCAGCCGCUCCCCAGCGCUGGGGGGCAGCUAUUUGGGAGUGGAGCCGAUGGGGCUGCUCUGGGCUCUGCAAUCCAAAACGCCCUAUAAGCGGCUGGCAAAGAGGAACGUCCUGACCCCUUUCUGUGUGGACUUGGAAGUGUAUGAGGGCCAUGGGGACACGAGCCGCUUGCUGGGAAAAUGCACCAAUGAACGAUGGUUUUUAGGAGAGGGGGUGAAGAGGAUUUCGGUCAGAGAAGGUCGUCUCAGAGCAACCCUCUUCCUCCCUCCUGGACCUGGCCCAUUCCCUGGACUUAUUGAUUUGUAUGGAUCUGGAGGAGGUCUUAUUGAAUACAGGGCAAGUCUCCUGGCUAGCAGAGGCUUUGUGACUCUGGCUCUUGCUUAUGUGUCCUUUGAAGAUAUCCCUGCUUUGCCAAAGAUCCUUGAACUGAGCUAUUUUGAGGAGGCUGUGAACUUUUUGCGUAAGCAGCAGCAGGUGAAAGAUACUGGCAUUGGUGUUUUGGGCUUGUCUAAAGGAGGUGAACUAGCCCUUUCCAUGGCCACAUUUCUACCUGGCAUCAAGGCAGCUGUCAGCAUAUCUGGAAGUAGUUUUAAUUCCUUUGUUCCUCUGAAGGGGAAUGGCUUCACUAUUCCUGUCCACCCAUAUGACUUAGGGAGGAUGAAGAUCAGUGAUGAGUCUGGAAUAGUAGAUUUUUCAGAUGUCUUAGAUGAUCACAUGGACCCAGCAACUUGGGAUUGUCGCAUUCCUGUGGAGAAGUCCUCAGCCAAGUUCCUCUUGCUGUCUGGACGGGAUGACAUGAACUGGAAAAGUGACCUCUAUUGCCGAGAUGCUGUUCAGCGCCUUCAGCAGCAUGGCCGGGAAGUGGAGUUUUACUCCUAUGCUGGAGCAGGGCACCUCUUGGAGCCACCAUACUUGCCUCUGUGCAAAGUUUCAAUCCACAGAGUGCUUGGGAAGAUGAUGCAUUGGGGAGGGCAUUGGAGAGAGCAUGCUAAAGCCCAAGAAGAUGCAUGGUGCAGGAUACAGGCCUUUUUCUGGCAACAUUUGAUGGACUCAGACAUCCCUAAGAGCAAACUGUAGUAGAAGCUGUCAUAGAUGCUGGCCAGAGAUGGUAUUUCAGCACUCACUGGAUCUUGGAAACUCACCAGAAGUUUCCUGGACUGCCUUCCUCUAAACCCCACUGUUGCAUAGUUGUUUAUUUUCAUUCCUCAAAUAAUUUCCCAUUUUUUAGUUGAAUUUCAGUUGACUUCUGACCCCAGCUUCACAGUAGAUUGGUACCAUCUGUGCUGUAGUCUAAAAACAACCCAGCAUCCCAUCAUCUAAAUCACAUUUGUGCUGAGCUAUCUUUGCCCUCAAUCUGCCACCAUCUCCUUUCAUAAGAGGAAAUACUCUCACAGGAGGUUAUCCAUUGAAUGAUUGAGUCUUGCACCUUUAAGUAACCUAGAUAUAAACAGCAGUUUUGUUGGAUAACACUGUAGUGCACUCCUCUUUCCUCCUGGUAUAUUGCUUUCUCCCAUUUCGUAGUAAAAAGGUUGCAGUAGUUCUGAUCUCAGCUAAGGGAAGAGGCACUUUCCUGGCUUAAUCUGAAGUGCAGUGAUAAGUUUUUUUUCUUUUUUCUGGUACCUCAAAACCCAGAAGUGACUCUUACCCAGGUUACCCUGGUUGUAUCUCCUGCUGAGUCCAUGUAAGUUCCAUAUUAGGGUAAAGUUUUCGCUGCACUACUCAGCCAGUGCAAUGUGCAGUGUAUCUCUAUGUGCACAGUUUGCUUGAGAUUAUCUGAAUGAAGCCUUCGACCAUCGGUGCACCUGCCAAUACAUUAAGGAACAAUACUGGUGUGGCCACUAGCUGUUAGUUCACUCAAUUGAAGAGGUCAUGAGCAGAAGUCCACCCCUCCUGUUGGGAAGACAAGUGAUGGAGUCUGCAGUUUUGCACAGCAUUCAACAUGGGGGUGAUACAGAUGUGCCAAGUACUUGCUCUCGUAUGGUGAAAGUUGUCUCCAUUUUGGUGGGAACAGUAAAGCCACUGCUGCUGAGUUCCCAGGAGCCCAGUGAGGUGGGCUGCCUCAGUGGUCCUGCCACUGUAGCAGACAUCUGUGGGCUUAGUGAUAGCUAAGAAAGGCCACUCUUCAAGAGAGGACUGACCUCACCUUCUCGGGAGAAUGGGCAUUUUCUUACCCUUUACCAGUGUCCAAACCUGCCAAGGAGGGCGGCUGUAAUCUACCUUGUGCUUUUGUGGGAUAGUGGCAAACAGCAGCUACACACCAAAUAGCAUCAGUGGAGCAGAUUCUCCCUCCUGGAGCAGUCAAGACUCACACCCUGACAGCAGAAGCAAGCAGGAGCUGGAAGUCUGCAUUGCACUGAGGUAGAAAAAUCUUGCCUCUGACAGUGUAGUGUGGUAUUCACAUGCCUUCUGAACAGAGAGAAAUUGUGAGACAAGCAGAGAAGGAAAGCACAAUUCUUAUCUCGCUUGCUGUGCCUGUGUUGUCCUAAAGUAGAAUGCAAUAUGGAGAUUGUUGACCCAAAGUGAGGAUGUUUUGUUCCCUUGGCCUAUCAGGGCCAAGAAGUGUGUAUGUGUGGGACUGUCACAGGACAGUCUCGAGAGAAUCAGAGAUGAGUGCAGUUCUGUGCAGGUGUGAGCAAGAGCGAGUGCUUGGCAGAUUCAGUUUAGAUGAAAUGUACAUAGUGCAGUAUAAUAAAGUAAUUUAUUGGCCUUCUGAUGAUGGAGUCAGAUGCAUCAUUCUCUCUCCCCUUCGUCGGAGUCGCCGUUGAUUUACAAUAGUGUAGUCCCUGGUUUCCAGUUCCUGCUGAGAGAAAAGCCCUGUAGGAGCCUGGAUCCUGCUGAGGGAGGAGCCAUGCCCUUAGUUUUCUUGCUUCAGGGAAGCAGUGGUUCCUCAAAAUGAGCACAUUGGGCCUCAGAGGGGUGGGGCCUCUCUCAUACAAUUUAUUCAGCAGAGACUGUCCCUUCAGGUACUUCUGGUUUUCCUGAACCCUCUGUUCCUCAGACUGGUAGAUGGGUACCAUGUAGCUGAAGGUGUGAGUAGUUAGGAGUGGGGACAUCUCGCUCCUGCUCACCCAUACUGGUCAUCCAUCAAGUUUUAUGCUGUUGCCUCUUAACUUGAUUUCUGUUUGUCCCUUGUGUGCCUGUGUCCUGCAUGGACUAUGGUUGUUCCAGAGGUUUAGUGAGUGGGUAGGACCUGGCAGCAGGGUAACAUAUAACAAGGAAAGUCAAACACAUUUAAGCAGUUCCAUCUGAGUAAGGGACAUUUUCUUUUCUCUAAUUUUUCUGUUUUAUUGAAGCAGUCAGAAAACCCUGGGCUGCUGAUCCACAUUUUCCUGAGACUCAGGGCCUUAGGCUACAAGUUUCUCUGUGGUAUGAGUAAUUCUGUUCUUUUAUUUUUACUGAACACGGUGGGGUUUAUACAAAACAGUGUGUUGGUUUCCAGCCUGUGGGACAACUCACAUCUAUUUUAAUCCCUUCUGUGAGGAAACCAAGCUUUUCCAGCCUUCAAUGGGCAGUUUACCGAUCUAUACUUUGAAUUAUGAAAUUGUGACUUUCUGAGAAAAUACAUUAUCUAUAGGAAACUACCAUUACAAAUAAAAAUACUUUCCAUCAGUAAA